AUGGCCUCCCCCGCGCAAGCCAUCACGCUCGAAGAGCACGCGAUAUUCCCAUCCCUCGAAAGCAACAACUUCUUCUACGACAACACAUGGAAGAUCUACCCUGAAUGUCGCAACCUCGCAAAAGACCUCUCUAAAACCCGUCUCGCCAACAUGGACGCCGGCAACGUCUCCUACCAGAUCCUCUCCCACCUUCCCGGCGGCGUCGCCUCAACCGACCCCGCGCGCUGCUACGCAGCCAACAACGAAAUGGCCACCGCCAUAAAACAGCACCCGGAUCGAUUCGGCGGCUUCGCAGCGCUCCCAAUGGCCCACCCCCUCGAAGCCGCCAAAGAACUCCGCCGCACCGUCACCGACCUCGGCUUCCUCGGUGCCCUAAUCGACAACCACCUCCCGGACGGAACUACCCACUAUGACGACGAACGCUUCUGGCCCGUCUUCGCAGCCGCCGAAUCCCUCGACGUCCCUCUCUACAUCCACCCUUCCACCCCAUCCCAGGAUUCCAUCCAAACCCGCUUCUCCGGCAACUAUCCACUCGCUGCAGAACUCGGCCUCGCGUCCGGAGCCUGGGGCUGGCAUGAGAACGUAGGCCUGCAUAUCCUGAAACUCUACGCGGCGGGGGUAUUCGAGCAAUACCCUAAACUCAAGAUAGUGAUCGGACACAUGGGCGAGCUGCUCCCGAUCAUGUUGCACCGGAUCGCGAGGUUGGGGUUUUUCAAGGGGUUGGCGGCAUCGAGACGCAAGGGGAUUAUGGAUGUCUGGAAUGAGAAUAUAUGGGUUACGACGAGUGGAGUGUUUAGUGUUGAGACGUUGAUGAUGUUGUUGCAGGUUACGAAGGUGGAGAGGGUGAUGUAUAGUGUGGAUUAUCCGUUCGAGGAUAAUGUUACGGGAAAGGAGUUUUUGAAGAAGGUCAGGGAGUCGGGGAAGUUGUCGGCCCAGGAGGUGGAUCUGAUUGAGUUUGGGAAUGCGAGGGAGUUUUUCAGGUUGGGGAGUAGGGCGUUUCUUUGA